UAGCUAAUCGAGGCGUGCAGUUUGUCAAACACUGCUGUAUUCUUCGCCGAUGUGCGUGAGGCUGUUCCUCAAGCUCUGGUGGUCACCGAGAUAAAGGUCUCCGAAUGGCGCUGCUUACGGCUGCAUCCGUCUCCAAACUCCUCUCCUAGCGUUUCUGUUCAACAUGCUGCGUUCUACACUCCUGCAGCUACUUCUGAUCUCUGUCGUCUCUUGCUUGAGAUUUGACAAAGAAUUUGUUGGGUACAACCUUAAUGAGAACGAAGCAGCCAUAGACCCCCUCGACUACUCGGGCGAAUGGAAAGACCAUACAUUUCAUCCAUCACCAACGAAUUGGCGAUUCCCAUUCUACACCUUAUUUCUAGAUAGAUUUGUAAAUGGUGACCCGACGAAUGAUGAUAUCAAUGGGACAGUAUACGAGAAAGACUCGCAGAGCAACCAGUUGAGACAUGGAGGCGAUUUGGUAGGAUUGGUAGAUAGCUUGGAUUAUAUCCAAGGAAUGGGAAUCAAGGGCAUCUACAUCGCCGGUUCGCCCUUCAUCAACAAUCCAUGGAAGGCGGACUCCUACUCGCCGCUGGACUUGACGCUUCUCGACAAACAUUAUGGGGAUAUCACGGCGUGGCGGGCAGCAGUCGACGCUAUCCACAAGCGGGGCAUGUAUGUGAUAUUGGAUCAUACAAUGUCGACCAUGGGUGACCUCAUCGGCUUCGACGGCUUCCUUAACGAGACAGCACCUUUUCGUCCAGAAGAACACAAAGUGCAGUGGAAAUCGAACCGCCAGUAUCUAGACUUCUCGUUUGGGAACAAAUACAACGACACAUGCACAUACCCCAACUUCUGGAACGAGUCAGGGCAACCGGUGUUGAAAGAUUCUGAUGAGACAUUCAGCAGGCUUAUUGGAUGCUACGAUAGCGAGUUUGAUCAGUACGGUGAUACCGAAGCGUUCGGUGUAUUCCCUGACUGGCAGCGCCAGCUAUCCAAGUUUGCCUCCGUCCAAGACCGUUUGCGAGAAUGGGUACCUUCGGUCCGAGAAAAGAUCGAACACUUUUCGUGCAUCACGAUAGCGAUGCUGGACAUUGAUGGCUUCCGAUUCGACAAAGCUACACAGAUCACUGUCGAAGCUCAAGCUGAGUUUGGCGACUUCGUCCGACAAUGCGCGCGAAAGUAUGGGAAGGACAACUUCUUCAUGCCAGGCGAGAUUACAGGAGGUAACAACUUUGCUUCCAUCUACCUUGGGCGCGGGAGGCAACCCGAUCAGGUUCCGGACAACAUCACUCAAGCCGUCACACUGACCAACAACUCGGACGAUAAGUAUUUUCUGCGAGCACAUGGCAAACAAGCGUUAGAUGGAGCCGCAUUUCACUACAGUACAUAUCGAUCGCUCACUCGCUUCCUCGGAUUAGACGGUAAUCUGGAAGCAGGCUACGACGUUCCCGUCAACUUCGUCAAUGCCUGGAAUACACUACUCACCACGAACGACUUUGUCAAUGCCGAGACUGGAAAGUUCGACCCACGGCACAUGUAUGGAGUCACCAACCAGGAUGUCUUCCGUUGGCCCGCUAUCAAGCAAGGUACCGAGAGAAUGUUGCUCGGCCUUUUUGUCACAACAAUUCACAUGCCGGGUAUUCCAAAACUUCUCUGGGGCGAAGAGCAGGCUUUCUACAUUCUUGACAGCACUGCCGCCAACUACAUCUUCGGCCGACAGCCGAUUUCAUCUGCACAGGGGUGGCAAAAUCACGGUUGCUACCGGCUCGGCAGCUCGCAAUACUACGACAUGCCACUCGAAGCGGUACUUGAUGGGUGCCAUGACGACACCGUUAGCCAAGAUCACCGAGAUCCUUCGCAUCCUGUUCACAACAUCAUCAAAAACAUGUAUCACCGCCGUACCCAGUAUCCGGUCCUCAACGAUGGUUACUUCCUACAAUCGCUUUCCAAUCAGACUCGCUUAGUGCAACUGCCAGGCUCGAAUGGAACGAAAUCAGAAUUCGGGAUGUGGAGCGUUAUGAGGAACCAGUAUCCGGAUGUACAAAACCUGACCGAAGGCACUGAAUCAUCGCAAAUUUGGCUCGUCUACUCCAACGAGGAUCGCGAUGUCAGCUACAAGUUCGACUGUAAAGACAAAGAGAAAGCGUUCAUAUCCGCAUUCGACGCUGGAACGACGGUCAAGAACCUGUUCGCUCCGUACGAUGAGAUUGAGCUCAAGAACAGCUCUACCUCCUUAGGCAUCGACGGCUCAGAGGAGUUUAAUGGUUGCGUGGAUGAGCUCGAUAUGAAGCCGUAUGACUUCCGGGCGUAUGUGCCAAAGGCCAGCUGGCUUGAUCCCAUACCCGUCAUCACGAAGUUCUCGCCAGGCCAUGAUGCUCAGAUUGAGUCGAAGAAGGGAGCGCAGGAGAAAGAUUCACUAGAAAUUGAGUUUCAAUUCUCCGAAGCGAUGGAUUGCGAUGGGGUUACUAAGGACCUUGUCAUUACAUCCGAUACCGAGAAUGACUUCUCUGCAGCGGUUGACGAAGACACUGUCGACUGUGCUGACAUCUCGUCGCUGGUCUCUAAUCUUGUCGGUGGUUCUGUUUCGAAAUGGAGCUGGAAAGCGACUCUGAAGGAUGUCUCGCAUGGCAUUCACACCGUCACCAUCAGGAACGCCACUACCAAGGAUGGAGAGCGCUUUACGAACGCCAAUGAUCGCUUCAUGAUCCGGAUUGGAGCUAAGAACAACCCCAUGGUCUUCCCUCGGAUCGCAAAUUACACUACCGGCAUACUCAAGAAGGACUCCAAGGGCCUGCACGUAUCGCACGUCGCCCCAGGCGCUAACAAAUGGCGGUACUCCACGAAUUGGGGAUCGACAUGGAGCCAAUGGGAAGACUACAAAGGCGGCAACAGCGACCUUCAGACGCAACCCUGGUCGGGUACUAAGCGCCAACAAUGGGAGGGCGAGCACGUUACUCUCCAAUACUGGAACCGCGUGACUGGAAGUAGCGAUCACAUCCAGCACACUGACACGAACUACAAGGGUCAACCAAGACGAUUUCCACAUCUGUUUGCUCACGGACCCUACAAUCAAUUUGGAUUCGAUGCCGGUAUCGACAGCUCUUUCGACCUUGGCAGGGACGGGAAGUGGAAGUUGCAUAUUAUGACCGAAUGGCCUUCGGUCGCUCAAGUCAACGUCUGGGGCAUGAAUCCAGGGGGCAAACCUGACGCAGGCUUCGUCUUUGGCGAUGUUGAUGAGGAUGGCGUUUUGGACCGGCUUCCUCCGGACUCUCUCGCAAAGAACGUGCUCAACAUGUCGGUUCUGCCACCUCGACCGUACCUGGCGUAUCGCGUUGAGAUCGACGAUGCGACCCUGGCAUACAAGCUCGUAUAUGCAGGCAACCGGUUCAUACAGCUGAUACUGUUCGCUCUCCUCUGGUCUCUGCCGGUGUUGACGGCUGCGAUGAGCAUCUCGAUAUACAAGGGCGCUUUCUAUGGUGUCAAGUUCAACCAGACGGGUGUGAGCGCACAGGGUCUCGCCUUCUUCGCAUCUUUGGCCUUUUGGCGCCGCGGUCACAAAUUCGAAAGCAUCCAAUCUGACGACGUUGUCGAGUUGAAGCGAUCUACUCCUCGCCUAGGCUUUCACCGAUCGCGAGACUCUUCGCCCAUGCCUGCUGCGGCUAUCGGCAACUUCGGCGCCAGCAAGAAGAGACCCAUGAUUCUUAUCGCGACCAUGGAAUACGAUAUCGAGGACUGGGCUAUCAAGAUCAAGAUCGGUGGAUUGGGUGUCAUGGCACAGCUCAUGGGGAAGAACCUUCCCCAUCAGGACUUGAUUUGGGUUGUUCCUUGCGUCGGCGGUGUGGACUAUCCCAUCGAUACACCAGCGGAGCCCAUGACGGUGACCAUUCUCGACACUGAGUACGAGAUCCAGGUCCAGUAUCACAAGCUCAACAACAUCACGUACGUGUUGUUGGAUGCGCCGAUUUUCCGACAGCAGUCCAAGACCGAGCCGUACCCACCCCGCAUGGAUGAUUUGGACUCGGCUGUGUACUACAGCGCUUGGAAUGCCUGCAUCGCUCUGACCAUUGAAAGGUUUCCCAUCGAUUUGUACCAUAUCAACGAUUACCAUGGCGCCGCCGCGCCGUUGUACUUGCUCUCCAAAGGACGAACGAUUCCUUGCGCACUUUCCCUACACAACGCAGAAUUCCAAGGAUUAUGGCCCAUGCGCACACCCAAGGAGCGCGACGAAGUGUGCCGCGUGUACAACCUCGAGCCUUCUGUUGUCGAAAAGUACGUCCAGUUCGGCGAGGUCUUCAAUCUUCUGCACGCUGGCGCAAGCUACCUCCGCAUCCAUCAACGUGGAUUCGGCGCCGUCGGUGUAUCCAACAAAUACGGAAAACGGUCGUACGCUCGCUACCCUAUCUUCUGGGGUCUGAAGGAAGUCGGAAGACUACCAAAUCCUGAUCCUAGCGACACCGCUCCUUGGGAACCUGAGAAGGAGAAUGAGAAUAUUGUUGUUGAUCCAGCGUAUGAAGCGAGUCGUGGUGAUCUUCGCAUACAGGCGCAACAGUGGGCUGGUCUGGAGGAGGACCCUCAUGCUGAGCUUUUCGUAUUUGUUGGACGAUGGAGUAACCAGAAGGGUGUCGAUCUUAUCGCCGAUGUCUUUCCCGCCGUCCUCGAGAAGCACUCCAAUGUGCAGCUCAUAUGUAUCGGACCCGUCAUCGAUCUUUACGGAAAGUUUGCCGCGCUCAAGCUUGGAAAGAUGAUGGAGAAAUACCCAAAGCGCGUAUUCUCCAAGCCAGAGUUCACGGCACUUCCACCCUUCAUCUUCACAGGCGCUGAGUUUGCCCUGAUCCCAUCCCGUGAUGAGCCAUUUGGUCUGGUCGCUGUCGAGUUUGGUAGGAAGGGAGCCCUAGGUGUUGGUGCCCGCGUCGGUGGCCUUGGACAAAUGCCUGGAUGGUGGUUCACAGUCGAAUCAACAACCACCAAACACAUGCUGCACCAGUUCAAGUCUGCCAUCGAAGAAGCGCUGGAGUCCAAGACCGAGACAAGAGCUAUCAUGAGAGCAAGAUCCGCCAAACAGCGCUUUCCGGUGGCGAAGUGGGUGGAAGACCUCAACGCCCUCCAGCAGACUGCCAUCAAGAUCCACAACGAGAAGAAAGACUCGUCAUCCAAGGGCAUCUUCCGCCCGCGGUCACGAGCUGCGGCUUCGCAAACAUCGCUGCAGUUCCCCGAUGAGAGUUUCUUCCCUCAGUCUCGCGCUGUUAGCACGGACAGGCUAUCGAAUUACGAGGAAAGACCUGCUGAGGACGACGCUGAAGUCCAAGAGUCCGAGCACUACCACACAACACUUCGCCGUGGCCUCUCCCUCGGUGUCCGUUCUGGACCUGGACAUGAAACGAGGAUGAAUCCCUCUGGUGAUGCAAUCACACAGGUUCACAAGCGGCGCUCGCCUUCCAGAACGCCCGACAUCCACGAAUACGACCCAGAAGGCGCAAUAACCUCGAGCCAAGGAUCUUUGCACGACCAAGAGAUGUUCAUCAGCCGCGAGCAAGCAGAAGCUGACUACCGUGAGUCUGAACGCCGACUCGCCGUGGCAGCUCUCGAAGGUAAUUCAGCAGGCGCUUAUGGACUGGACUCGCCGCCUAUCGACACAUUCUCCGAAAGCUAUCGCGGACGCGGCAGAUCUCGCAGUCCGCUUGCAGAUGACGAAGCCGGCGAGAUGUUGAUGAGAUCGCCACCCACAAGCGGCUUCCUCGACCCAAGCAGUCUCCCCAUGCGUGUGCGGUCGUCGCACCACCGACGAAACCGUUCAUCUGCUCUCGACCUGAGCACCAUCAAGAACGCCAGUACAACGGAUUUCAGCCUACAGAAAGUCGAUCCAACAUUCGAAGACAAGACCGGCGUAUACUAUACCAAAUUCGAAUCCAUGCUCAACAGCCUCAGUGGCAAGACAUCCGAAAACGACCUCUGCGUCGAACAAUUCCUCGUCGACAGCGAGAAAGAAUGGUUCAAGCGGAUGCGCGCCGAGAGAUUGGGUCGCGGUGAUCGUGCGCGGUCUCAAGAUAGCAGAAUGGGUCUUAGUCCGCGUCCUGCCUGGCCCCGCGAGAGCCUCCACAGUAACGGCAGUCGCAGUUCCAGUUAUUCGCACUACCAAUCACCGUCUAUGAACGAGAGCGACAGCGAGGAGGCUUCUCCACGGCCGUCAGGCGAAAUGGACGAAUUCCUUCUCGGUGCCAACUACCAGCGCCCCUCGCUUCUCAAGCGAUGGCUGCAAACACGAAUCGGCGAUUGGCCCAUCUACUCCAUCCUCCUCGCGCUCGGGCAGAUCAUGGCUGCCAAUUCGUAUCAGAUCACUCUCCUUACUGGUCCUCAGGGCCAGAGUCCAGAGAAACUGUAUAUUAUUGGUGCGAUAUUCAUCGUCAUGUCGUGUGUUUGGUGGGUCAUGUUCCGCACGCUGCCAUCGAAGUUCGUUCUCUCCACGCCUUUCGCAGUCUAUGGCGCUGCUUUCUUGUUCGUAGGUGUUGCGCCGUUCGCCGAGUUUGGGACGGCGAGAGAUUGGGUGCAGAAUGUUGCUACGGGGCUUUACGUAUCGGCUUCGGCUAGUGGCUCGAUAUUUUUCGCGUUGAACUUUGGUGAUGAAGGUGGCGCGCCGAUCAAAUCCUGGAUCUUCCGAGCUUGUAUGAUCCAGGGAACGCAGCAACUCUAUAUCACGGCACUCUUCUACUGGGGAAGCACGCUCGCAAAUUCGGAUGCAAGCAAUGCGCUUACCUCUUCACCAAAGGCUGCGAUGAUCACGUUGCCGAUAGCUGGUCUUAUGUUCGCCAUCGGAGCUCUUCUCGUCACGUCUCUGCCGUCGUACUACCACCAGUCGCCAGGCAAGAUUCCCUCGUUCUACAAGACACUUCUCCGACGGAAACUUGUGGGCUGGUUCUUCGUCAUGAUCAUACUGCAGAACUACUUCCUGAGCACGCCCUACGGACGCAGUUGGGCGUACCUCUGGUCUUCCCACGCAGCACCCCAAUGGGCGGUCGGCCUCCUCGUCUUGGCCUUCUUCGUUAUUAUCUGGGCGGCGUUCCUCUUUCUCUUCGCGAAGCUCAGUGGAAGCCAUUCCUGGUUCCUGCCCAUCUUCGCCAUCGGCCUCGGCGCACCGCGCUGGGCUCAAAUGCUCUGGGGCGUAUCCGGCAUCGGCAACUGGGUCCCUUGGAUGCCGGGCGGCCCUGUCGCCGGUGCGCUCGCUGGCCGCAGUCUCUGGCUCUGGCUUGGUCUCCUCGACGCGAUACAGGGUGUUGGGUUUGGUAUGAUGCUGCUGCAGACCCUGACUCGGAUACACAUCGCUGUGUCACUGGUCCUGGCGCAGAUUCUCGGUACGGUCGUUACGAUGCUGGCGAAGGCUACGGCUCCCAACGCGAAUGGGCCUGGAGAUGUGUUCCCGGAUUUCUCGGCGGGGGUGGUAGAGGGGUUGAGUAAGCCGUGGUUCUGGAUUGGGUUAGCGGCGCAGUUGGUAAUUCCGUUGGGGUUCUUCAAGUUUUUUAGGAAGGAGCAGUUGAGCAAGCCUUAAGUAGCGUCGAGUAGUAAUGUAGCUGUUUUGAGUGUUGGAGAUGUCAGUUUCACUUCAAAACGA